AUGGAGGGAUCCCUCCGCAUCGCCCCCCCCUCAACAGCUCCCAACAGCACCUCAAACACCACAACCCGCCACUCCAUCCCCAUCACCCUCCCGCACCCAUCCAAAGGUGCCCCCUCCGCCCCCGGCCUCCCCGACACCCUCCGCGACAACAUCACGCAGCAAGCGCCCACCGGACCCCCCUCCGCCCACGCCGACUCCGCAGCCACCACCUCCGCCCACCCGCUCGAAGCCCGCCUCCUCGCCUGGCGCCAGACCCAGCACGCCCUGAAGAUGGAGUCCCUGCGUCGCGCGUACGGCAUCGCCGAGCCCGUCCGCCGCGGCAUGGAGCUGAAGCUUGUGCGUGAUGGGAACUUCCGGCCGGCUGUGCUGGGUGGGCCCCGUGGCGGUGGUGGGAGUAGUGUGCAUGAGGACAUCUUGGUGCUGGGUGGUCGGGAUGCGGAGAUUGGGUGGGAGGAUAUUUUCCAGGGAGACGAAUUCAGAGAACCGCCUACCUUCCACGACGAGAUGGAGAAGCGACUGCGCUCAAUCCCCGGGCAGUAA